UGGCCUACACUUUUCUGAUCUUGUGGUAUGAAAUACCAACUCAUUUACGCAUAGAUUGCUCUGAUGACGAAUGCGCAAUAGCUGUCUUGAGAAGUUGCUUUGACAGAUACGGUAAGUAUUGCAGCCGCCAACAAAAUGAAAUAAAAAGUUCAGCGUUAGUUAACUUCCAAUUCAUUACAUUUUUAUUAACUUUACCAAGGAUAAUUAAAUGAUUCUGUUUCAUAAAAAAUACAAAAGCCAUUAACAAAGAAGCGGUUGACAUUAAGGGCCGAAGCACACGAGGAGUUUUUUCAGACUAGUCGCCACAACAGGUCAGGAAGCUCUCCCAUUGGCUGAUUUGGUUGGCGUAUCGAGAAUCAGCCAAUCGAAGAGCGUCCUGUCCUGUCUUGUGCUGACUCGUCUGAAAAAACGCCUAGUGUGUUUCAGCCCUAAGUUGUGUGGGCAUCUUAGCAUCAAAAUCUUAUGUGGCAGGAUUUUUUAUUUUGAUGAAACUCCUUUGAAAGGCCUUAUUAUGUUGGUUUUGGCGGCAGGAUUGUUUGGCUGUUUGUGUUCUGCACUUGUGUGAUGUCAGCUUGCUUUGUCGGCUAUUCACUGCUGGAGAAGUAUCUGAUGGUGCCGACCGCCAUAGAAGUGGCCGACACACACUUGCCACUCUACACGUUCCCCUUCCCCACCAUCACUGUGUGCCCCGCCAACAAAGUCAAGCGUUCUAUCGCCACUAAAUACCUCUCUGAAUUUUUUGCACCUACGAAUGAAAAAGAAGCCACCGAUGUGAUGUGGCAUAUCAUGAGCGCUUUCUCGUUGAUGCAAUAUCCAACCUAUUGGAGAAUGAAAUCACACAUUAAAUCUGUGAGAGAUUACCUCGACUAUUUCUCUGAAAUAAAUGUCACACAUUUCAUGAUAACUGUUCUACCUAAAUGUGACGAGAUAUUCCAGAGCUGCUACUGGCACGGGCAUACUGUUGAUUGCUGUGAGAUCUUUUCAAUGCAGAGAACUGAAGAGGGAUUCUGCUAUUCUUUCAAUUCUCUUACAUCUGCUGCAAAUGAACACUGCCCACUGUCGGAGGUGUUGGAGAAUGAGGGUGUGAUUGAGGAAGACGAUGUGGACUGGGAGGGUUGCGUGCUGCGCAGGAACACUGCAACCGGAACAGGCACUGGAUUGGAAUUCUUCCUCCGAAAAUACCCAGACUCUGAACAACUGGGACCUGAAGGCCAGAAGGAUCUUGAUGGCAUUUCUAGAUUUCAGAUUCUCGUGCACACCUCGUACGAAUUUCCUGACACUGGAACAGGCUUCCAUGUGCCCUACAAGUUCGGCUCGAGGCUCUCAGUAAGAAUCCAGCCUCAGUUCACUGUGAGCACAGACAACAUACGAGCUCUGUCGAUACAGACUAGAGGAUGCAUGUUUCCAGACGAGGAGCUUCUCAACAUCUAUCACGUGUACACCGAAACAUCUUGUCUGGCCGAAUGCAGACUCCACUACAUACUUGCCAUGUGCAAGUGCAGAAUGUAUUUUUUCACAGUGGCUGAUGAUUCAUUUCCUAUAUGUGGAACUCAGCAUAUGCUUUGCGUGGUAAAGUAUUCAGAGAACCUAAGAUUUGUCCAUCCCCCGCAUCGUAUGGGAUUCACAGAAAAUGAAAUAAUAGAAUCGCUGAAUUGCUCGUGUAUUCCCACUUGUUACGACACAGAGUAUGAUCUCGAAAUCGGAAGAUCAGAAGAUUGGCAUACAGCAUAUCAGCACUACGCUUAUGUGGACAUUCAUUAUGGAAAUCUUGGUGUUGUCAAAUACCAGCGUGACAUUACUUUUGGCUGGGUGGACUUACUGGUGUCCUUGGGAGGAGUAGCCAAUCUUUUCUUGGGAUUCAGUCUUCUUUCCCUUUUAGAAAUUCUCUACUGGUUGUUCCUUGCUACAAACCUAUUCAUCACUGGAAAGGAUGAAAAUAAUGUCAUAAAUGUCAAACCUGUUCAAUCCAUCUACAUUGAGUAAGCUCACAUAUGAAUGUCAUAUAUCCAGAUAUUAAUUGAAUUUUCUCAAUUUUUGUGUGUUAAUAAAUGUGUGUAUGAAAAUUGCAACAAGAGCAAUUAUUACUCCCUGGCAUUGUUUCACGUGCUACUGAAUAUUAAUUGAUAUUAUUCAUGCUGCAAACUAUAAUUUACAAAAAAGUGCAAUUAUUGGGUUUUAAUUAUGUCGCCUUCACCUAGGUAUUAAUAUUCAAGAAUAUUACUGAUAAAGAUUGCUGGUACCGUUGACACCUUGUAACUUUAACUAAUCUAGAGCUUUCAGAACUUUGAUUCAAUUGUUUUUCACUUAUUAGUUCACGAGCUCAUUACAUUUUUUUUCAAAACAUUUCAAAAUAAUAAUGUAUUGAGAUAGGCUUACUUUGAAUCAAAGGAAUCGUUAAAAAUGUAAGGUACUGUACCUGUGUUCAGAAAAUUAUUUAUUGAAAUAUUUGCUCUUGAUUCUUUUUUAUUUUGUAAUUCUCCAAACACUAUUAUCAAGUUGGCUCUUGUAUAGAUGAAGUGAUGCACGAUUAAACCAGCAAAUUCAAACGCUUUACGCUUACUAUGAACUAAGUAAACUAUAGCAAAUAACUUAUAAGCCAAUGCUGUAUAAUAAUAUUAAAAUCAAUUUAGAAACGGGAUAUUUACCAAGUAAAUACUGUAUUGUUUUGGUUUCGAAUAUUAUUCAAAUAACAAAUAAGUCCAGGUAAUGAAUGCUCGAAGUGCUUUUUUUGUCCCCGCAGUUCUGUUUAGGGUAGAUAAACAUAUCAAAAUUCCCCUCCCCUACCCCCUGUGAUGAGGGGGUGGGGUCGUUCAAGGGUGCCAUAUUUUGGUUUCUCGCAUGUAACUCAAAAACGAUGUAUCUUAAGAACUUGACUGUCAUAUAACAAAUUGAAGCUUACAUAAUUUUCUACAACAUUCAUCACACAACUUGUCCUAUAUAAUUAUCUCCUCUAGUUUCCUAUAUAUCCGCUCUUGAAGAUGUGACAUUUUUUGAAAAAUACACGUUUGU